GAUUGUACAAAAUUCGACAAAUAAGCAAGAAUUAGAACUUUUAAUUUAUUUUUUCUGAAAAUGGAAUCGUAAUUCACGGUGGCACAAGUCAAGAGGUUUCACACCCAGCACGCGUUGGAGCUUUCCCAUUCCAGCACGCUACUCUGUUCGUUCAUUUGAGAUUCUCAUUUUUUACUCCUUGAAAUUCAGGUAUUGUUGUUAACAACCCAUCAAUUAUUUCGAUUCGAAUUUCCAAUUAUUCGGUUGUGUUUCAGUUGAGAGGUUGACCUAUAGUAAAGAAUAAAAUUGAUGUCUUCAAAAACAUUGAGGAGAAGGCUCCAUCAUGGGGAUGUUGAUGGCAAAAGGCAGGAGCAUUUGGAUACUUCAGGAUUAGAUUCUUUGAAUGAACCCUUGCUGAGUGGUGAUGAUUAUAUUGAGAGUAAGAAGAUAUCUGCACUUGAAGAUUUAUGGGAUGAUGAGAGGAAUAAGGCACAAAUUCAUUGGACAUUCUUAUUUUCGAACCUCAUUGCACAAUGGGCACAGUGGUUAGCAAACAUUGUACUAGGCUCUGGAUCUCUUAUUGGUCGUCUUUUAGCUCUUCCUUCUACCGCUCUUUACUUGCAAAACAAUAGGUUGCUACCUCAACCUCUUAGCCCUGUACAGGAAGAAAGACUAAGAAACUUACGGCAACGGCUUGAAGUCCCCUUUGAUGGUUCUAAAACACAGCACCAAGACGCUCUGUUACAAUUGUGGAAAUUGGCUUAUCCUGAUAGGGAGCUGCCUUCACUAAAAUCAGAUCUUUGGAAGGAAAUGGGAUGGCAAGGUUUAGACCCAUCAACAGAUUUUAGGGGUGGAGGGUUUAUAUCAUUAGAGAACCUCAUCUUUUUUGCGCAGAAGUAUCCAGUUUCUUUCCAGCGAUUAUUGCAUAAACAGGAUGGAACCAGAGCAGAGUGGGAAUAUCCAUUUGCAGUAGCUGGAAUCAAUAUUUCAUUUAUGUUGGUGCAGAUGCUGGAUCUUCAAGCAGGGCAUCCAUCUUCUUUGUCAGGAAUCCGUUUUCUACGGCUGCUGGAGGAAGAUGAAAUGGCAUUUGAUGUCCUUUUUUGCAUCGCCUUUCAAAUGAUGGAUGCUCAGUGGCUAGCAAAGCGUGCUUCGUAUAUGGAAUUUAAUGAUGUUUUGAAGUCGACAAAAAUGCAGUUAGAGCGUGAGCUUGCUCUUGAAGACAUCUCCAGUAUAAAAGAUUUACCUGCUCACAACAUGUUGAGAUGAUUAGUGCUCAUUUUAGUUUAACAUUUCUCUCUCCCAUUUUUUAGGUAGAGAAUGUUCCCUUAAAUGUAUCUUAAAAGUAUUUGUCAUUCUAUCUUUCAAUAGAAAGAAACAUGUAAAUCAAGUGAAAGUGAGAUCCCAUUAUAUCAGAUUAAUCUUUCUGUUGGUUUAUGUAAAUCAAGUGAAAGUAGAAAUUUAGAAAAUUGUUAAGAAAAAAUAUGCUGUCAACAUUUAGAAUAUUUCAAAUCAAUCAUAUAAAGUAUUGAGACGUU